AUGGAUGAAUUGGAAAGUUUAUAUUACUGUCAUGAUAAACUCUUAAAUUAUUUGGUAUCGACUAAAAUGAUAAAGAACACCAACGAAGAAAAAGCUUUAAGAUCUGUUGAUUUUAGAUCUUAUAUGGACAUUGAAGGAAAUCAAAACCAAUUGGAAUCAACCAGAUGGGUUAAAAUUUGGGAAAACUUAUUUGCUGUUGAAUGUCUAAAUAAUUUACAGCUAUCAAGACCUGUGUUUAAAAAUUUGUAGCCUAGACCUUAACCUUAUUUCAGUACAUUGGCUGGUCUAUUGAUAGGUAAUUUUUAAACUUUACAAUUAUGUAUUUAUGUAUGUAAAAUCUUCAAAUUGGUUUUCUUUUUUAACAGACUAAUUAAUAUUAAAAUUCAAUCUUAUUGGAUUUUUUCUUAUUAAGUGAUAUCAUAAUUUCAUUUUAUCUUUUUAGGUAAAAACGGCGUUAAUCAUGGAAUUGAAGUUAAUGAAAGAUUCGUAGAUUUGGCACGGGAAAAGUUAGCAGAAUUUAAUAUGAAUUCUGCUGCAGUAGAUCAUUUUGACUUUUGUGAACCGAUUUUUAUCCAUGGUAUAUUGAAUACAUGUAAAAACAAUGUUUUAAAAAAAUAAUGUUUGUAUAAAUUAUUAAUAUAGGAAAUGCUUGUGAAUUAUUAUCAGCGGGUUACUAUGAUAGGGUUUAUUGUGAAGCUGGUGUACCGUGUGACAAAUUGGAAUUUAUGAAAUCUCUUAUUAAGGUUUUAAUUUUCUAUUAAUACAUUAAAAAAAAAAAAAAAAAAAAAAACAUAGUAUUAUUUUGCUAAUUAGUAUAUUUUCUAGAUUAAUGGAAUAUUAGUUAUGUCAUUCCAUGGGUUUGUGUGGAAAUUGAUUAGACAGAAUGAGAAUAAGUACAAUAUGAAAAGAAUAAAUGAUAUAUCUACAGAUGUAUAUUCAGAUCUCAUAGUACGUGAACCUUGUUGUUUAACAACUGUGACUUUUC